UUGUCCAGCGCAUAGUCUACUUUGUUAGCUCUGCCCACAAACAUUUCAACAUGUUCAAACUGUCUGCUAUCAUCUUUGUGCUCGGCGCCGUGCUCGCCUGCAGCCUGCAGGCUGAGGCCAAGCCCGCGGUUCUUGUGGAUGCCGCUCCUGCGGUGGUAACUGCCACCAGUUCCCAGUAUGUGGCACGCAAUUACAAUGGCAUCGCUGCUGCGCCAAUUGUUGCCGCUGCCCCCGUUGCUGCCGCCUACACCGCCCCCGUUGCCGCCGCCUACACCGCCCCCGUUGCCGCUGCCUACAGCGCCCCCGUUGCUGCAGCUGCCCCCGUUUCCGCCGCCUACACCGCCCCCGUUGCCGCUGCCUACACCGCCCCCGUUGCCUAUCCCUAUAGCUAUCCCUAUACCGCUGCUGCCUACACAUAUCUAUAAAUGAUUCAUCUGAUUCAAACGGCUUGUGACUCAUCAAGAUUUAUAUUUUUUUUGUAAAUAAAA